AUGUUCUCUGAAGGUGUUCCCACCCCAAGCCAAGAAAUCCUACGGCACACGCUGAACACGUUGGUACGGGAGAGGAAGAUCUACCCAACUCCGGAUGGCUAUUUCAUCGUGACCCCACAGACUUAUUUCAUUACUCCUUCUCUCAUAAGAACUAACAGUAAAUGGUACCAUUUGGACGAGAGGAUACCUGACAGGUCUCAGUGUACCUCUCCACAACCCGGAACCAUAACGCCCUCUGCCUCAGGCUGCGUCAGGGAAAGAACAUUGCCCAGAAACCACUGCGACUCUUGCCACUGCUGCAGAGAAGACAUGCACAGCAUGCAUGCUUCCACUCUGCAGAGGAAACCUGCCAAGGACUGCAAAGACCCCUAUUGCCCUCCUUCACUAUGCCAGGUGCCACCCACUGAAAAGAGCAAAAGUACUGUAAACUUUUCUUAUAAGACAGAAACUCUCUCAAAACCUAAAGAUAGUGAAAAGCAGUCCAAAAAAUUUGGGCUAAAGUUAUUCCGGCUAAGUUUUAAAAAAGAUAAGACCAAACAGCUAGCCAAUUUCUCUGCCCAGUUUCCUCCUGAGGAGUGGCCCUUGCGCGAUGAAGACACACCAACUACUAUCCCUAGGGAAGUGGAAAUGGAAAUCAUUAGGCGGAUUAACCCGGACUUGACCGUGGAAAAUGUCAUGAGGCACACUGCACUAAUGAAGAAACUUGAAGAAGAAAAAGCGCAUCGGAGUAAAGCUGGGUCUUCUGCCCAUCACAGUGGAAGAAGUAAAAAGAGUAGGACUCAUCGAAAGUCCCACGGAAAAUCUCGGUCACACAGCAAGACACGAGUGUCUAAAGGAGACCCUUCGGAUGGUUCUCAUCUGGAUAUCCCAGGUGACAGAGAGUAUGACUUUUGUGAUCCUCUUACCAGGGCACCCAGGGAAGGCUGCUUCAUCAUUGAACACAAAGGAGAUAACUUCAUCAUGCAUAGCAACACGAACGUGAUUGAGUCUCAUUUCCCCAUGACACCAGAAUGGGAUGUGUCUGGGGAACUGGCCAAAAGGAGAACUGAGAUGCCUUUUCCUGAGCCUUCCAGGGGAAGCUCCCACUCAAAAGUGCACCGAAGCCACAGCCAUACCCAGGACCGAAGGUCCAGGAAUGAGAGAUCCAGCAAAGCCAAGGAGAGAUCCAGAUCGAUGGAUAACUCGAAGGGCCCUCUGGGUGCUUCUUCUCUGGGGACACCUGAAGACCUGGCUGAAGGCUGUAGCCAAGAUGACCAAACCCCCAGCCAGUCCUACAUUGACGACAGUACUUUAAGGCCCGCGCAAACAAUUGGCCAUCAAAGGGCUCAUGUUUCGUCCACAAGCUAUAAAGAGGUGUGUAUUCCGGAAAUAGUCGGUGGCAGCAAGGAGCCUUCCAGUGCGUGUAGCCUUUUGGAGCCAGGCAGACCACCUGAGAGUUUGCCAUCCUAUGGGGAGCUCAACUCCUGUCCAACAAAAACAGCUACGGAUGACUAUUUCCAGUGCAACACGUCCAGUGAGACAGUCCUCACGGCGCCAUCGCCUCUGGGAAAGAACAAAGAGGAUCAUGACACUCUGACUCUGGCGGAAGGGGUGAAAAAGCUGCCGCUGUCUGAUAGGCAGGCCCCACAUUCUUCCAGAGAGCCUGUAGGGCACAAGGAGGAGUCACCAAAAGGGCCAGGCGGAGGCCCAGCCGCUUCUGGCGCAGUGGCUGAAGGGAUUGCCAAUGGACGCCUUGUCCAGCACCACGGUGCGGAGCCCAGCAGCCUGGACAAGAGGAAAGAGAUAUUCAGCAAGGACACACUGUUCAAACCUCUCCACAGCACCUUGUCUGUAAACAGCUAUCACAAAUCGAGCCUGUCCCUCCUCAAAUCUCUCCCGAAGACACCUGCCGACACACUGCCGGGCCGAUGUGAGAAACUGGAGCCGCCCCUGGGGACCUCGGUGGCACCAGCCGUGCCUGGUUCCCAGCGUCAGCAGGAGUCAGGGGGGAACCAGGAAGCCUCUUUUGACUAUUACAAUGUCUCCGAUGACGACGACUCCGAGGAAGGGGCAAACAAAAACACGGAGGAGGAAAAAAACAGAGAUGAUGUAGGCACCAUGCAGUGGCUCCUUGAGAGGGAGAAGGAAAGAGACUUACAGAGGAAAUUCGAGAAGAACCUCACCCUCCUUGCCCCAAAAGAAACCGACAGUAGCAGCAACCAGAGAGCCACCCAUUCGGCACGCCUUGACAGCAUGGACAGUAGCAGCAUCACUGUGGACAGUGGAUUCAACUCCCCACGCACUCGGGAGAGCCUGGCUUCCAACACGUCAAGCAUUGUUGAAAGUAACCGUCGUCAGAACGCUACCUUGAGCCCGGUCCACGGUGGAGCUGGCCCGGCCUUCAACUUCCGAGCAAGUACGGACCCCGCAACCAGCGAAGCUGAGAAACUACAGAAACCUUCCAACUGCUUGCAAGCUUCUGUUACUAGCGUGUGACAGUCGUUCUGCCUCAGAUCUCCUGUCUCAUUCGAUACAGCCAAGUUUACGACACUGGGACUGAUGUUUACAUCUUGGGAAAGACAAGCAUCUCGACCACAGUUUUUGUGUUUACUUAAACUGUGCUGCUAAGUAGGCUAGGGCAAAAAACAAAAAUCUUUAUUUCAGAGUAUUGCUUUUCACAUUUAUGGCUCUGUAGCAACCGAAUAGCAGUAGGGGUGAUAUGUAUACUUUUGCUUCACUACUUGUAACUGAGCACACAUAGGAAAGUCUAGACACUGUAAGUGUGAUAUGCAUUCCAAUGUCAUGAAGUUGCCAAUUCCAUUUUUAAAUGCCACAGAUACGUGUUGCUCCCAGUCUGUGGUCAGAGGGUGCCACAGAACUGAUCCUUGACACUCCCCCCCCAAAAAAAAGUAAGCCACCCCAAAAUGUCAAAUACCAGGGUCCACCUUAAGGGAAAUCAAUGUCAAACUGACCAGAAGGGACCCCAGCCCUUUGUGUGUGAAUUGUUUAUGCACCAGUCAUUUCUCACUGUGAGUUUUCGUGACACGAUUUUGCAGGAGCCCGUGGAAAUGUGUCAGAAGGGGUCGUGAUCGAAAUUCUGGGAGUGUUUGUUUUCAGGAUUUUGUUUUUAAGUGUUACAGAUGCUUGUCUGAUUUUUAACCUUCCAUAAUCACAAACAGGAAUAUAGGCCUUUGAUUCUGAAGUGGACGAAAGAAGGAGAUCCCCAGCCUGGCUGGGACACAGCACUAAGGGAUGGAAGAGGGAAAUGUGGACUCUAAAGCUGUCAAUCAAAUAUUUAAGGAAGAUAAUUUCCUCCUUGUGAUACUUAUGAUGAUCCUAUCUUACUAUAAUAGAUACGAUAAUUAAUUUGUUUAAAAGCAAAAUGUUCUUUGUGAUACAAAUGAAGAGUAUGGCCUGGGGAUGUUAUUCUUUCUAAUGGAAGGACAUUAAUCUAUUUUAUGUAGUUUUAAAUAGAAUGCCUAAAUUAGGCUAUGGGAGAUCAUUUUUAGUGGUUAUAGGAAAGAGCAAAGUUAGGGAGAGUUGAACUUCAGGCCUUUUAUUCCUGGAAAGAUAUCUAUAGAGAAAAGUUUAAAAUAAUUUUUGAUUAGAAAUAUACAUGUGCCCAUGUAAUUACCAACAGAAUGUGCUCAUUCUGCAAGUAUGGUAUAAUCGGAACUUGUACUCCCCUGAAAUUUAUCAGAGUAACAAAUAUGCAUACAUGAACUAUGCCAGAGUAAUGUUUACAGAUACUUUGUAACCAAUUUCAGGAGGCAUUUUUAGGUGGAUGUAUAGUUACUAGCCCAAUUUACUUCAAAAUGGUUUGUUAACAUUUUGCUUUGGUUUACAAUGUCUUAUUGAAUACAAAGAAGACUCCGCAGCAAAGGGAUUACAAAUAAUCGAGCUUCAACUUUACAGAAGAGAGACAUUUCAAAGUUCCCCAUUUUAUUCUGUGAGAACAAUGGACUAAAUGUGUAGAUAAUGAAAAAUUAUUUGCAGAAGGGUUACAUAUGACACAAGUAAAUGGUCUGACCAAAAGUUUAGUUUAGUGGCGUGUGAGCCAUAUAACCAUAAAAUAUAUAUCCAAAAAUAAAUCUAAAAUCUUCCCACCUCAGACUUCAGUAAUUGGCAUAAAAUGUGUGAAACAUUUCUGCUUCAGUAUUAGGUUCAAUCACUAGGGAUCUGUUUAAAGAAUGCACUCCUAUACAUAGCUGGACCGAUUCUUGAAACAUAUGGAUACUCUCUCAUGCUUUUCAGAUAUUUGGAAGUUGCAUUAGGUCAAACUGGACUCAUCAAGUUUAGUCUAGAUUCCUUUUUGGGUGCUUAUAAUGAAACGUAAGCACAUUUCUUGGUAAACCCCCAUACCACUAAAAUGCUUAAGUCAGUUGGCUUUCAAUCUCAUGCCUUAUUUCCUCCAAGGCAUGCCCUGAUUGCCCAGAAAUGCACUAUUUGUCUCAUUGCUUAAAUAUGUCCAGGAGGAAUGAUAAUCUAUCUAAUAGACUAUACACACAGUCUAUUUCCUUGGGGAGUUAUAUACCAUACGGUUACUAAAUUCUUCUGGCUAAAUUCCUUUUUUUUCCAAAAAACCUGCUCUCGAGUGUUGAAUCAUACCAUCAGUUCAUAAAUAAUGUAACCAUUGAAACAAUACAUCAGCCUCUCGUUGAUCCUCUUGAAAGUAGCCAUUAUAAUAAUCAAACGCUGUGUGGACAGGAAAGGAAAGCAUUACCUUUAAGAGAAGCUUUAAAAUAGGAAUCUAUCAAUAUUUCACACGAUACAGGUUUACAGAAGACAUGAUUCAAAUAAAAUGUGUAUAGUAUUUGCCUGAUGCUAUGGGGUACACUAUUUUAAAAACAACAACAAAAACUCCCUUAGACCUGGAGCCAUUAGCGUAGAGAAGAUGGGCUUUAAAGAUGCUACGAUGUAAGCAGACGUUCCGUGUGGAAAUGUCCCCGUCUGCAUCUAACAGGAGUCGUGGAUGGGGGAGGCGUGGCAGCAGGAAGCAUUGUUACAGAUGUGACCCGAGAUGGUCCUUGGACGGCGGGCGAGCUUCUCAGUGACCAAACCCUCAGCCCACGCCAAGCUUUGCCAACAUCCUUUUCCUCCCCUGAACUGAUAGCUUUGUGAGACGUGGCUGCUUAUCUAGUCUUCACUUAGAGUUUAUCAGCUGAAAGGUUUACAGAACUGAGUCUGGUUGAAUCUUUGUGUAGCGUUCAACUCUAAAGGGUCAACCCGUCUGUCGGCAUUUUGCACACUUAUGUAUUAUUAUGAUGCAGCAUAUUACUUUAUGGCAAUUUUUAUUUUUACAUAUAACUACCUCCAUAAAUUUGAUGAAGCGGCAGCAGUGUGUUUAAAGUGUAUUGUUCAGAAAAGCAAAGUGGAAAACCUCCGUAAACAUGAGGCCAUGGCGUUCUGUGUGUGUGUCCGUCAGUGACUGCCCCUGUGGACUCGUGACUUCUUCAUGGCCGUGGUUUUGUUUUACGGCACUAUUGAGCUUUCAGAUGUAAACCUGUCUCUCCUCUCUUUCCCACAAAAGCACACUUGAUUUUGUUACCAACGAAAGGAAGUUGAAAUCUCUUGUCUUUCCCUGCCCCCUCUCCCCCACCCCACUCCUGCUAAGAGUUCUCCCCGGUGAAGAGCCGAUCGGUAAACAUAAUUUAGCAAGCUCUUUACUCCUGUAAGAAUCUGAUUUGGAAAUUCUAGGUAUUCAGUAACUGAAGACACACAACAAAUUUGGACUGUGCCGGCUUUGAAGUACUUUGGGCCUCUCUGCCUUCACUCACAUGCUCCCAUCCCGAGCCCAAACUUCGGUUUAAUUAAAAGAGCUGUGUUCUGUUAAAUAAUUUGUAUUCCAUUUUAUAUAUUUUGCACAUCUCAGGGGACCUUAAUGAGCAUAUGAAAAGGGGGGGUGCCAUCAAAUAGAGAAGACAAAUGGAGGAGCUGAAUGGGGACCAACCAGGAUAAAAAUACCAAAUUAGUGCUUCUCUGAUGUUGUGGAGUGCAAGCUCAGGAGGCAUAAAUUGAAAGUUAAUCUGGACUAACAAUGAUCUGAACACCAGCUGUUCCCAGGUCUCCCUUUCUCAGAGCCCAACCAGCGGUUCGAAGAUGUAAAUUUAAAUUCUAUCGCAAUCGCCCUGGGGGGAAAAAUUUGUUGGACGAAAAGGAAAGCAUUGUGCAUUUUGUUUGUUUGUUUGUUUUUUUAGGUUGGCACAGCUUUGUAAAAUCCUACCCAGGAUAAAAACCACUUACCGCCACCAAGUGUACUUGAAAAUAAAGUUUUUAACUUAAAUUAUAGGCAUAUAGCUCACAAUACAAGAGUGAACCUAUUUUGAAGUCUCGCCAUUUAUAACACGGGCACUAUUUGGAGCUUGAUUAAAAGCCAACAACAAGCUAUCAUGACUUUGCCAGUUCAUUUUGGGAUCUCAAAGUGCUUCCAAAGCAUUCAGAUUGACAAACAAUUAACAAAGCAGAUCCUACUUGUAAUACCCAUACUUGAAAUGGACAGACAGAAGGGGGGAACCUCAGAUUACCCAGAAAUUCCGUGGCAGCUACCAGUGAUCUGUUUUCUAUCUGUUUGAUAGACCAUCAUGAGAAAUCACUAAAUACAAUGCUAUUUUUCUGAUGUGUGCUAAUAAAGUCGAAGAAAACAAAUACAACUGUA